UUGAUCGUUUGCUAUACGUUGAUAUGUUUGAACUUAGUAACACAGUAAAUAUUUACGAAUCUGAUAAUAUGGAGAAUUUUUUUGAUAUUGAAUCUAGUAAUGCGAAUAAUUACUCUAGUACAUUCGACCUUGGUACUCUGAAGAAUUUUUUUAAUAUCGAAUUUAGUAAUAUGGAUAAUUUUUCUAACACACCUGAUCUUAGUUCUCUGGUUAAUUGUUCUAACGUACUUGACUAUGAUAAUCUGGAGACUUUUUUUGAUGACAAAUCUGGUAACACAGAUAAAUAUACAUUUGACUCUGAUGAUUCAGGAAAUUUUUUUAAUUCAUUUGAUCCUGAUAAUCUGGAGGCUUACCUUAAUGCAUUUGGGCCUAGUAAUAUAGAAGCUUUCUUAAAUACAUUUGAUCCAAAUAGCCCGGUAACUUUUGUUGAACGAACUGAUAAUGAAAAGGAUAAUGAUUUUGAUAAAUGGGUUAAUAAUCAUGGAACAGAAUGUGGGUUUGCUUUUACGAUUACCCAUAGUAAAAAAGACAAGGAGAAUAGGAUCCUCUGGUGCUGUACUUAUAAAUAUAUGAAGGGUCGAUCAUAUAUAUCUAAAAAAGAAGCACAUAUCAUUAAUGAUCGUGAUAGUAGCUAUUAUACUACUGGUUAUACAUUCUAUGUUAAUAUGUAUCGACACAAGAAAAACAAUUUGUUCUAUGUAUCAAAAAUUGAUGAGAUGAGUGAUAAAGUAAAAUUUCUUACAAGUUGUAGAUGUAAAAAAGAAGAAAUAAGUGAUGCUAGUUCAUUAUACCUUAAACUUAUUAAAAAACAGCAAGCUGAUCCUACUUUUCAUAUUGAUACUCAAUUUGAAGAUAUACAAAGCACACAACAUGUUGAGUCUUAUAAUGCCAAAAUUAAGAAUUGUGUUAAUAGACUAUUAUCUGUUUUAGAGCUUGAACAAAGUGUUAAAAAAUUAUUAGAGAAAGAAAGUCAUUUUGUAUACCUUAAUGAAACUAUAACAAUUUUAAAGCUUCAACGAAAUAAAAUAAAUCAUAGUAUAUAUUACUGGUAUCAUAUAGUUAAUCUUGAAAAUGAGCUUGAACAACAGGUUGUUAAUGAGUUACAAAUAGGAAUGUUUUCUGAGGAUAUGUUUAAAAUGAGUAUUAUUGAAUUAAACUAA